CCCCCCUCCCACCAUAGAGCAGGCGGUAUAGGAGCAGAGCGACGUUCUCUGCACGGGAAGCGGGGACUGUGUGGCGCUCUGGCCCCUCUCGUCUCUGGCGCGGCUCGGGCGAUGGUGACGGCGGCAUGGACGGGGACGAGGGCGGCGGCGCGGGGAGGUACCCGGCGGCUCCCGCGGCGGGGCUUUUCCAGAAGAUCCUCAACCUGAGCCUGGUGGCGCCGGUGGGCAACGCCACCUGCUCGGAAGCCUUCUGCCAGUUCCCAGAGAUGUGGUAUGGAGUCUUCCUGUGGGCUCUGGUGUCGUCCCUUUUUUUCCACAUCCCUGCAGGACUCCUGGCUCUCUUCACCCUUCGGCGGCACAGAUACGGCAAGUUCAUGUCAGUGAGCAUCUUGCUGAUGGGCGUCGUGGGACCAAUAACUGCUGGAACAUUGACUAGUGCUGCAAUUGCUGGUGUUUACAGAGCUGCUGGGAAGGAGAUGAUCCCCUUUAUGGCCCUAACAUUAGGAGUGGGGCAGUCCUGCUGUGUGGUGAUAAUUUCCUUCUUACGGGUUUUAGCCACGCUUUAGCAUUGCCUUGGAAAUGAUGGCACGGACUGAGCAGCAUCACACAGAGAUCCUUGUUGUCGAAGAAGUCAAAGGACAUGAUGCACAAGGAAGCAUUCCUGCUGAACCCCCAUGGGUGUUGUACGGAAGCCAAACAAACAGAAGCUCUGGCACAGCUUCCAUUUGUUUUGCUGAAGCUUAUACCAGACUUUUUCGCCGUGUGCCAUGCCCCAAAGUAGUUUUCUUCCAAGAAUGGCUUAUUUUGGUGUUUGAAGGGCCCUCUUAUCUUUGAUCAAGAAAUUCUCUCGAGUGCUGGAAAAGACUCUGUUCUACCCACCCAUUUUGUGAGCUCCAAAUGAUGUUUUAACGCAAAUGAGGCUGUUCUUCAGGACUUACACAGAAUCUCCGUCUUCUGGCCAGUCAUUACGGUAGAGUGACUGCGUGUGUGAAUGGGUGAGGGAUGAAAUGUUUUAAAAUCUUUGCUGAGCACUGCCACAUGGGGUGGAAGCUUUCACAUCCAGCUCUGCUUUCACCCUGUCUCUUAAACCUAGCUGAAAUGGAAUGUAAUUUUAUAAAUUGUACUGUUCUUGUAACCUUAAGUGCCAAUCUGGGUUGUGUGUGCAUGCACGUGCAGUGAACAAACAUGAAGACGAGAUUAUUUUAUAGUAGCUAAAAGUAGUUUAGGAUGAUUGCCUCAGAAACGUCUGGACUUGAUUACCAUAAGGAAGAUGCACUUUAAUGAACUCACAGCUGUUAUAGGGAGAAAUGUGAAUUGGAAGCUGUACAGGGCUCACUGAAAUGGUUCUUCUGGCAAGGAAUUCUUGGCUUCCAGCUAUUGCUGUCUUAACGCAAGAUAUUCUCUGUUACUACCUCAAAAACAUGCAGUGGAUUUGAAAGUACCAUUCUGUUGAAGCUUGCAGGCAGUCACUCCAUUUCUUGUUUGCAAGACAGACCGUAGAAAGGUGAAAUCCAUUAAAUGUGAUUUUAGCCCGUUCCCGAACCCGAGCACACACUCGCUGUUAAGCUGUGAAAUAUUUUUAGCACUUGUUUUAUGAGAGCGGUGUUGUGAUAAUCCAUUGUCUUAAACUUGUUUGUGUAAACUUGUGCUGCUCUGGAUUUUUAGAAGUUUGUGCGUGUUCAAUGUGUUGUGUAACAGCUGGCACUUGUAUCCACAAACUGGGGUUCACGCUUGGGGAAUUGGUUGGUUUUUUGACCCUACAAGUGCCUGUACAAUUUGCCGCUUCCCUUUUCCCAGUGACCAGUCUUAAAAUCCUAACCAGGCUGUUGUGCAUCUUUAAGUACAGAUCGCUCUGAUGUUUUCCCUGGGAAUUCAGAAAUGCUUCUUCCAGAGGUUUGGUUAGAGGGAGGGCUCCGGGGUUUUACCAGCCUGUCAUAGGGUGGUAAAUCCUACCAGUGUCCUGAAUGUAACUUAAAGAUCUGGUGUUAACUCUCAUGGUCUCGGAACAUGCAUGGAGUUCCUUGGAUAGAAACGCCUCCCUGUGUCAAUCUAGACAUCUUUUUCGCAGGGUGACUUUGCAGUGGGGUGCUUUGAAACCUCACAGCCCCAUUGCGUACUGAGGUGACACUUCUUUGAACGGGCUAGAAAUAGUCGGGUAGACUUAAAAAGAAGUUUCCCCAUCACCUAAGUGUAUAUCAUUAUAAUAUUCACUGCCUCCUUCCUCAAGUCAGCUGUCUUUGAGGCUCUAGGGCCAGACUGUUGUCUUUGUCCCAUUAUAGAAUUUCAGAACUUUGUAAAUUGCAUAGUGUGAAACUAUGCUGUAGCUGGUAGAAGAAUCGCUAGUUAGGAAGAGGCAGCACUUCCUAUCAGGCCUCUGUAACAAUCAAGAUUAUUCAGUGAGAUUCUCUGAUCACUGUGACUUUGGUUGUGGGUUUUUGUGCCUUAGGGCUGAGCAAGCACUUUAUAGCUGUUGUUUGUUGCUCUUUCUCCUGAUCUGCGAAAAUGUCACUAUCCUGUUUUGAUCGUAGUUCUCUGUCCCGCUUCUUGUCUGUUUUUCAGCUCAUUCAGUUUGAUUGUUUCUUUGGAACUCUUUGGUAACCCAGCAGUUGAAAACAUUUCCCCCCCCCUCUUUCUUUUCCUCACCUCAAGAUCAAAUCUGCUUUGCUUUGCUGCUAAAUGUUUGGAUUGCAACCUUAGUGGACAUAAAGGCUGUCACCCAUCAGCAACGGAUGUAACCAGAAUCUUGUCCAGCAGAAAUUGGUAUUUGUAAGCCUGUAAUGGCCAGAAAAUGCAAGGAAUCGGUGAAGCUCAGCAAAGCUUUUUAGCCUUCUCUGCUCUCCUCCCCAUCUUGAUAGUGGAACUGGUUGCCCUCUUGGCAAAAUGUGUUCUGAAAUUCGGCACUUACAAGGGGCUGUGAUGAAGCAUUAAACGCCCCAAAGGGUAAGUCAAGAGGACACCGUGUUGUGAUCUUUGCCCGGGGUGUGUUUUAAGGUGUGUUUUCCCAAGAGCUGCCAUUGUUGGUCCUCCUUGCGUGUGAUGGAGGUUUUUCUGAGCUGCACUGAGGCUGCAUCUGAAAUUUUGUACUUAGCUUAUUUUCUGUGAUACGCGAACAAAUCUUUGUACAGCCAGAAUAACAGUACUGCUAAUGUCAUGUUUUUAUUUUUCUACUGACACUUCUGAUUUUGCAUUUGAUACUUUUUACUAAUAAAAUCGCUGCUGAUCCCUGU